UCCCCCACAACACCAUCCAGUCAGUCAAGGAUGCGGUUCACAAGGUGAUGACCCAAAUGGACAAGGCCAUCGUCGCCAAGGCCUGUGCUUCCUUCCGCACUCGCCUCAAGCUUCAAGAAGAGAAUCAUCUCAAUGCAUUUUUCAGUCUUGUCACCAUGGAGAAGGUGCAUGCAAUGAACGAAUUUGACUUCGUGCAGAAGGAAGUGCUUCAUGCAGAUGAAUAUUUUCGGGAAUUCCACUCCCUUGUCCAAGAACUCAAACCAAAGACAAAAAGUUACAGGGGAUGGGAUGUGAUGAGUGAUCUCAUGAACAUACCUGUGAAAUUAGCUGCUCGUCUCCAGGAAGAGUGCAACAUUAGCCAAUUGAAAUGUGAUGAUGAGGUGCCAGUGAUUGAAAUAUCUACUCCUGCAAUGGACCGCAAGAACAUUUACUUGAGCAAGGAAGCAAAAAAGAUUCCUCCUAAAGCAGCAGCAAAUCUGAAGACUCUUCAAGUUUUGGAGAAGCAAAACAAACUUCGUGAAUCUUCUGAAACACUUGAUAGACUUUACAUGAAGAGCUUGAAGUACACUGGAAUUCAUCACCAUAUGGCAAUUCAAGAGUUGCGGUCAUCCAAUCAAAAGGAGGUGAGAAAACAUCCUGCAGGCAAGAAGCUAGCAGCUGAUGAAGUCCUACUCAACAUUAAGAUCUACAAUCAAAAAUUAGUGGGCUACCCUGCCUACAGGAAAUUGUACCUGAGUCAAGAAGUAGUUGUGUAUGGAAGCCAGCCUCUUACUGCACUCCGUGAUGUGCUACUGUGUCCUGUGGACUUGCAAAAGCAUGUUGAGGAAGGAGCUGGUUCACAAAGUACCUCCAUGUCUGCUGAGGAAUGGAUUAGGGAGAAUCAAGGCUCAGGAUUUUUCUUCAUUCAUGAAACCUUCUAUGAUGACAUGCGAAAUACUGGGAAUAAGGACACUAGUAAGAGGGUGAGAGACUGGGCAGCUAGUCACCCUGAGUAUGAGAUUGGGCCCUUCCAAACAGCCAAGAUGGAGGAAGUCACUUUCAGAAACCUUUCACUCAAACUUGGCUACCCAUAUGUGUUAGUGCAUCCAAAUGAUCCACAACUGAAGCAGGAUUAUCCCAUCAAAAUGUUCCAUGGACAGCGGAAAGGGUUCAUGUGCAUGGCUUGUGCCCUGCUGGUCCCCAAGUGGGUGACAUACAACAACACUCGGACACCAGAAGAGCCAUUCUUUGUCUGUGAUGCUUGCUACAAGUCUUUCUACUUUGAUAAUGAGGGGAACAAAGUGGAACCCAAGGUCUCUACAGUACCUUAUGUGCCACUUGGUGCCAUGUUCAAACACAAGAGCAUUCUGGAGCAUAGGGAUCUCACAGAAGGAAGCCAAGAUAUCUCUGCCCCAGUCCGACUGGGCCCUCAGCCGUGCAGCCACUACCUCAUUCCCAAGGGCAAGGAGCUGGAAGUCAUUCAUCAUGACAGCAAGAUUAACACCCUAUUUCAAGGGAAAAACGGACAUGUUCCUGCUGGAGGAUCUUUUGAGCCAGAUGCAGUAAGGUGUCACAUUGUGUCCGAUGCAUAUGCUCUGGUACACGUUGCCAAGGGCUUCAACCAAGAUCUUAAGCAGCAAUUGGAUAUGAGGCUGGAGCUGGCUGCGAGGUUCUUUCCCCUGCAUCACCAGAAAAAGAAGAUGAUAACUCAUGUGCAAGUCUCGAUGGAACAGAAAAGAAGGAUGACAUUUGCAUUUGGAUCCAACACAACUUGUGGUGGAUUGAGUGGAACAGCAACUGGAGGUGGACAAAGUUUAUUUACCUCUGGCUCUGGAGCUUCUACUACAGGGAUGGGGUUUCCCUCCCUGGCCAAGACAGCCAAUGUGACAUUCAGCACUGGUACCACACCGACCUCAUUUGGAGGGCCCAUAGGAACAUCCAGUGCACCUACAGGACUCUCUUUUGGACAGAGCAAUGUUACAACCACACCUGCCACAGUAGGCCUAGCUCCCCUCAGUGCUGGGUUCUCAUUUGGUGGAUUAGCCACCCCCAAUGCAACCACUACUUCUAGUGGUGGAUUUCUGCUUGGAGGAACAAGCAUUGCUCCUAUGACAGGUGCAUCAUCCCUUGCAACUCCCAGCACAUCUCAAGGCUUUUUGGGGCUGGGUGGUUCUGGUCCUGACCCUAGCACAGAUGGAAAAGGAGCAGGCCAAAACACAACUGGUCCUAAGGAUGCCCAGAUACCACAGGAACUCUUUCUAACCACUCAAGACCUUCUGAAGCAUGUCAAGGAACAGAAGAGUGUGAGAGAAGAAAUAACUCGGUUCUCAUCUCGUCCAAUCCAUCGAGUUGCAGAGGAUGCUGGUGCAAUGAAGAAACUUCUCCUAGAAGUAACAAGAAAUGUCUAUCAAGAUGCCCUCCAAGUUUCAAAGUUGAAGCAGGAUGAGCUUCACAAUGUAGAAAUGACCCAAUCUACUCAUGACACACCUGCUGGACUUCAGUAUGAGAACACAGCCCCCUUGAACUACUUUGCCAAACUACUAUCUGGAUUUGAGUCCCAUGUGCAUUUGUAUCAGGUGGAAAUAGAUAGGCUUGAGAAGCAUCUUCAGGCUCUCAAUGAUCCUUCACCUGUCAGCCCUCAAGAUUUGCAACAAUUCAUUGUGAGUCUUCACCAGAUCUUUGUGUCUCUGGCUGGAAGACUCUAUACCUUGAAUGAAAAACUCCAGUGUAUGAAAGCAACUCAGAAAGAGAGAUCCCAAGGUGAGAAAAGAACAGAUUCUGCUGAAAGCACCCUGAGGGCUCUGUUGCCAGCCAAGGCAGUUCCUGUGACUUUAGGACCCACACCUUUCAGAGGUGGAGGCCCAUCAACAGCAGUUGCAGUGUCUACAGCCCUUCAAAAGGCUCAAGAGGGUGGAGCCAUCUCCAUAUCUCAUAACCAACCCUCACAGCCACUUGGGAGUUUUUCAUUUGGAAGCAGCAGUGGUAGUUUUGGGACAUCCUUCAGCUCCCCCUUUUCCCUUGGUACAGGUCAGGGUAGCACUUUUGGGGCACCAGGAACUACAUAUGGUGCUGUGGAAAAUCAGCCAGCCUUCAGGCUCCAACAGCCUCCACUGGUAGCACUCAGUUCAGAAAAUGUCAAGAAUGUCAAAGUUCCCUCCUUCAUACCUCUAAUGGACACCCAGACACACAUGACUGACAAAUUGUCAACACAUAAGGGCUGCAUCGACAUAUUGACAACCACAGAGAUUCGCCUCUGGUGUUGCACCAUUGACGCCAUGGCUACGGGAAGUGCAGCCAAAGUAACGCCCAGUGUGAUCCACAAUCAUUUAGUGAAUCUAACCAUGAGUGGCUGCUUGGGAUUGCAAAGGAAGCUGUGGCUGUUACAGGAA